UUGAAGAAAAAGACAUAAGGAUAAUUAAGAUGAAAAAUGAAAGGUCGAAAUAGGAAUGACACUUCUUUUUAUCUGCUUAGGUAUACAAUAUAAAACCGUUAAAUUUAACAACUUUGUUCCCUCCAAAAAAAUUGUAUAACUGUAAUCCAAAUCUAGUUCCAUGGCAUUUCCUGCUCCAACACUUGAAAUAGGGACUUUCUCAUGCCGAGAUUUCAUUACAAAGAAUUCAAGAAAAGACACAUUCACACCAAUUGACCCUUUUUCUCUUGUACCCAAAUGCAAAUCUUUGAGAGACCUUAAGCAAAUUCAAGCAUUUUCCAUAAAAACCCACAUGCAAAAUGAUGUCUUUUUUAUGAGUAAGCUCAUAGAUUUUUGCACAGCUGAUCCGACACCUGCCUCUUUGCACCAUGCCCACCUCCUGUUUGAUCAAAUUCCACAACCAGAUAUAGUCCUAUUCAACUUCUUGGCCCGUGGUUAUGCCCGGAGUGACACCCCAUUAAAUGCCUUUGUCCUGUUUUUGAAAAUUCUAACAUUAGGUGUUGCUCCUGAUUUUUAUACAUUCCCUUCUCUGUUGAAGGCUUGUGCAGCUGGAGAAGCUUUAGAAGAAGGUAAGCAAUUGCAUUGCCUUUUGAUUAAAUAUGGCCUUAAUGACGAUAUGUAUGUUUGUCCUGCACUUAUGAAUAUGUACAUUGAGUGUAAUGACAAUGGUUCAGCUCGUUGCGUGUUUGAUAGGAUACCUGACCCUUGUGUGGUAACGUAUAAUGCGAUCAUAAUGGGUUACGUGAGAAGUAGCGAGCCAAAUGAGGCCCUCUUGUUGUUUCGUGAAUUGCAAGGAAAAAAACUUAAGCCUACUGAUGUUACAAUUUUAGGCGUGGUUUCAUCAUGUGCUUUGUUGGGAGCAUUGGAACUGGGGAAGUGGGUAUAUGAAUAUGUUAAGAAGAAUGGUUUUGAUCAAUAUGUUAAGGUGAACACUGCACUUAUUGAUAUGUAUGCAAAAUGUGGGAGCUUGCCUGAUGCAAUUUUAGUUUUCGAGAGCAUGACUUAUAAGGACACUCAAGCAUGGUCAGCGAUGAUCAUGGCUUAUGCUAUUCAUGGACGUGCUCGUUGUGCAAUAUCUUUGUUUCGAGAGAUGCAGAACGCUCGAAUUACUCCUGAUGGAAUUACAUUUUUGGGUCUAUUAUAUGCAUGCAACCACAGUGGAUUGAUUGAAGAGGGUUUUAGAUUUUUCAAUAGCAUGAAAGAAAGCUACAGGAUUGUACCAGGGGUGAAACACUACGGAUGCAUGUUGGAUUUGUUAGCUCGGGCUGGCCGCCUUAAUGAUGCUUUUAAGUUCUUAAUGGAAUUGCCAAUUCGGCCUACAGUUUUACUUUGGCGGACAUUGUUAUCUGCUUGCAGCAGUCAUGGAAAUGUGGAUUUGGGGAAGCUGGUAAUUGAAAAAAUCUUCGAAAUGGACAAAUCACAUAGUGGCGAUUAUGUGAUCUUUUCAAACAUGUGUGCACGAGCUGGGAACUGGGAAGAAGUGAAUUAUAUCUGGAAAUUGAUGAAAGUUAGAGAUAUUAAGAAAAUUCCUGGCUGUAGUACGAUAGAGGUUAACAAUGUAAUGCAUGAAUUCUUCUCUGGGGAGGUUACGCGUAUUGAGCACAGGGAGCUCCACCAGGAAGUUGACAAGUUAAUUGAGAAAUUGAAAUUGGUUGGUUAUGUUCCUAAUAUUUCUAUAGCUUUUCGUCCUGGCCUAGAAAAUGAAGAGAAAGAAGCUAUUCUGAGGUACCACAGUGAAAAAUUGGCAAUUACUUUUGCUCUUCUUAAUAGUCCACCUGGAAAAACAAUUCGCGUUGUUAAAAACCUUAGAAUCUGUGGGGACUGCCAUUCAGCUGCAAAACUCAUAUCGCUCAUCUUUAAACGAAAUUUAAUUAUCAGAGAUAUGCAAAGGUUUCAUCAUUUUGAAGGAGGAAAAUGUUCUUGUGGGGAUUUUUGGUAACAGAUGAACGAUACGCACUCUUGUAGCGGGAAAUAUCCACCACCUUCACAUUAACAUGUUUCAUCAAUUUUAAGGUGGAAAAUGUUCAGGUGGGUAUUUUUGGUUACAUAAUUGAUGGAAUGCACACUAGAGAGAGCAAGCAUCAACCAUCUUAACAUCAACCAUCUUAACAUCAACAGGAGCAAAUGCAGAGUUUCCUUGUGAUGACCGGUGGCCACAUGCACAAUGUGACCAAAAGCGAAGUUGUUGCUAUCCAACUACUGGAAAGCCAGCAGUGAACUUUGGCAUGCAUGUGCUUUGGACAAAUUACAACAAUGGCUCCUAUCCAAAAAGUGGUGAUAACACAGCCCUCUAUAAUGAAACAGAGGUAAGCUCAACAAAUUGCUAUUUUACGUAUUAUAGAUAUGAUUCUCUUUUGUACCUUUGGCGCACUGGCAGUAUCUCGUGAACAGAGUUAAUUUCUAGAAAUAGUUGCUCAAGGAACUAUCUUUCUCGAGUUUCUACCAAUGGAGUUACUUUUCAACGGAUGGCAUGGGUAUGAUUACAAAUUUUUCCACUAGCCCCAUCAAACAUCAAGUCCAUACUAGAUUGGAGGUGGGGGGAGUGGACAGGGCAAGAAAGUAACAAUCAUACCCGAUAUUUAGAGCGCCAGAGAUAGAAAGCGGCGACAGCUGGAUUGGAGUUAUUGAACAUUAAAUAGGACCAUUCUCAUGGCUGACAUAAUAUGAGUACUAUAACAUCCUUGUGUGGACCUCUUUGUACAAACCCAACUAUUGAUCUGCAUUUUGAUAUGGUUGUCUGGUGUCAGCUUCUAUCUUAAUAUUAGGUUAUCUAUAAACGAAGCUAGAAUUAUUCCAAUCACAUGUCCUUGUAGUCUGACAUUGAGAUUGUCAUCACUUCAUUAAGUGAUGGUUGACAACUAGCACUGCAUUAGGAUUGUGUCGAGAUCAAUUGAGAGUGAUAAGGAACUUAAUGUUCUAUUUGUUUAUUAACUUACAAACAAACGUUGGAUACAGGAGUUUGGUUUGUUCCCAAUUAUAGUGUGGUUAGGCCAAGGACAUGCUUGCAACAGAAAUGUUCUCUUGUGCAAGUCGUUCGCUAUCAGAGAUGUUGGUUCGAGUCCAACUCGUGAAGCAGUUUGUGACUGUGUGUAUACCUCGAGAUAACUCUUUAUCGACUACUCAUCCUCGAAAUCUAGUCUAGUUUAGUCAUAUAAGAUUUAAAACUACAGUGCUUUCUCUGUUGGUUUAAUUGUGGAAUCAUGAUCCAAAAUUUUUAAAUUAUGGGUGCUAAACUACUUUUAAUAUGAUAUUGCUACUGAGA